GGGGUCAUUUCGCUGCGGGCAGAGCUAUGCUACAUACAUCUUUUUUGACCACGAGUUUUAUGUGAUGCGAUAUCCGUAGUGUUUGUGAGGAGAGGAAAUUCGUUUUCUCUCAGAGCGACCGGAGUUUACAGGGCAGACUUACAAGGGACAAGCUCUGAAGAACUGACAUUUUCCGGAUGGUUUAAAAAGUGUGGAGAACAAGCAAGGUGGACUUUCAACAAAAUUUCAGAGAUCUGAUAGGGGCGUAAGUUACAAAGAGGUUUUCCGGAAAGACAGCAACUGUCAUAUUGGAUUAGGAACAUCAGAUCUACAAGGAAAAUGGCUGGUUUGCCAGGUUUUCUGGGGCCUGUGCUGACGUCAGCAUUAGUUGUGCUCCUUAUCCACAGCAGCUCCUGUGCUGAUGCCCCGUACACUUGUCAGGAAAUUGCGAAACCUUCAGAUUCCUACGCUUCUCCGAGGGGGCUGAGCUAUUUCACGGCACACGUGCAAGCGACCUUUAUGGAGAGACAGCAAACGUUUUACAGUCACAUCAACGUCCUAGGCUCGAGUGCAAAGAUGAGCAUUCGCGCGGCGAACAAGACCACGGAGUAUAUUUUGAACAGGCAAGAACAUGAAGAUUCUCUCUUGACAUUAGAAGUUGAUUUUCCCAAUACCAAGGGUAAACCAGACCACAGCAGCACCAAUAGACGGAGUGCCAAUGAACCACUGGAAACAAUGCUUCACCUUCAAGGGACAGACCCAGUUCAUGUUCGACUACUAUUUCAUUGCCGGGAGGUAUAACUGGAAGACCAGUACCAAGGACAUGUACAGAGAAGUCCCGGUGAGAAUCGAAGUCAUGGGAAACGCAAGAGGGAAAAAUUUCCAACACUUCUACGAGUUCUUCGAUGUCCAGUUCGUUACAACAGGCAACUUUGAUCCACCCGAAGGGUUCACCUGCGCAUUGCCAUCCGCGCAGGUGAAAAAACCCCCUCUCCUCCCUCCUGUGAUGCGUUACUUCGUCGAGGAAUACCAAAUCAACACCCGCCGCAAAUACACCUUCAAAACUCCCUACCAGAUGUCGUUCGACAAGCAAAAGCAAAUAGCGCGCUACACGACCCAAUACACAGACAUCGUAACUGACUAUAAAGCUGGCGUUUCAUACACAAUAAGUUUAAACACAGACAAUCUCUGCUAUAAGCGGGCCGCCGUGGAUUCCAGCAGGUAUGGAGUGACGUCAGAGAUCAACCAACAGACACAGAAAGUGGAGAUGCGUUACCCUACAGAUUUUGAUGGCCUUUCAAAAGGAGAUCAUUUCACGUAUAACGGGAAGCGCAAGUGCCGUGGCAUGUCAUGCGACUCGUGGACUGCUGACAACAUACCUUGGUUCGGGGGAGCUAGCACCGCGGUGGGGGAGUUCCGCUUUUACACCCCGAAGUGACUUCUCGUCGGGUGGAGAAGAGGCGAGAAAUGCCACAAUUCUUCGUGAGCUCAGGACACAGAUUGCUAAGGUCGGGGCCAUUUCAGAGCUGAGGGUGAAAGUCUCUGACUUCGUCGUCUUUGGGUCAAAACUGCAAGCAAUACUUCGCCUGUUCCCCGUGGAAUACAAAAUAGGUUACAAAGACCAAAAUGACGACCACUUCGUUUUUGACGCCCUUGUGAACGCCAUCAACAAGAAGCAGAUUUCUAUUAUGAUAACCGGGAUCGCCCUCCAUAAUAUGACGACGAACACUGGAUACAAGUACCAAGCAUUCACCCGAAGAAAUCAGACAAUUACCUUAACAGACAUUGUCGGUAUAAGCGGUGAUUUAGUUUACAAUCCAAAUGAUCAAAAGGUUGCUCUGGCCAAGUAUGAUAAGAUGAUCAACCAGGUGUAUCGGAAUUUCAUACCGGUCCAACGUAUGUCGGCGUCCAACCCAGAGAGCUGUGCGCGCAAAUGUGAACACUAUGAGAAAGGAAAAUGCAGAGUUUUCCAGUUUUGUGGGGAGGACAGAAGUUGCCAGAUAUCCGUUAAAGAUGCCGACGUUGACAAGUCUUAUCAAUGGAUAAAUAAAGUAGGCUGCUCUACAUACGUCAAGGGAUACAUUUGGGACUUCAUACCUAACCCCGGCAAGGUGGCCCCCGAGAAGGCAGAUUUCCUGUACCAGGGCUUGGUGAAGGAAGACAACUGUGCCAAGAUGUGUUUGGAGGAGAAGGCGACCAACUGCUGGUCCUACGACUACUGCCUGGGGAGGCAAGAGUGCUUUCUCAGCAGUAGGGUAGAAUACGACCACCCGCUAAACUGGAAAAGUCUGACAGAGGUACCGGAGUGCAUACAUUUCCAGCGCACCUACCUCUUCGACUACCAGGCUCACUACGCUCGUAACAUCACAGACAAAGAGGACAUGUUUCUGGAAGACAAGUCGGAGGAAGGCUGUGCAGCUGCCUGUUCACAGGGAACGCGUUUUCUCUGCAGAAC